AUGAACGGCUUAACAGCUUCAUCAUCAUCCGACGAGCCGAUUGUAGCACGGUCGCAGUCAACUGAUGGUAGUGAAGAACAAAGGAAAAGAAAACGAAUGCUGGAAGAAAAAGCUGCAAGGUUAUUUGGAUAUUCUCUUUCUGAAUCGUAUCUACAUGCACGGUAUCAUCGAUGGUCGGCCGAACAAUAUAGAUCGUUGAGGCAGACACCUGUAUUGGUCAACUAUUCAUCACCGUUAGCAUUGGAACUAGGCCGUCUCACUUUGUCGUCGCCGUCGUCAUCAUCAUCAUCACCACCUGCUGCUGCUACUGUGCGAUUGGAGUUCGAUUUGGAUCUGUUUGAGCAAAUAGGCAAUGAUGGUGUUGGUAAUGGUAGCAGCGGCGACAGCAAUAAUGUGAAGUCAAACUAA